CUGCCGCCUGCGGACGAGAGACUCGCAAGCCUCCGCCGGAGCCGGUCGCCUGGGCGUCGACGGAGGAGAGCGCGGGUGCGUGCGUCCGUCGCCGCUGCUGGGACGAAGAUGUGCGCGCGAAACGGGACGACACGCGGGGAAGUGGGCUUCUAGCUUGAGGCAUGGCGCACGCUGGCCGACCGAGUCGACGACAGCAGAGAGGGACGCCGCGCCGCUAGACUUAGGCAAAUGCAGGGUCCCGUCGGCCAGAGGUGCCGGCGGAGCGGCCCGUCAGCGCGGAGGACGCGGCAGGCCGCCUUCCAGCUGCUGCUGCUGAUGACGAUGACCGUGGCGACGACGUCCGAGGCGCGCCCGGCAACGGAGGUCUCGGAUGCGGAUGCUCUGGGCUUCCUGGAGCGCUUCGGCUACAUGGGCGACACGAGCCGCAACGCGGUGCUUCCCUCCGACAACCUGCGCACCGAGCAGGGCUUCCGGGCGGCGCUGCGGCGUAUGCAGCGCUUCGCGGGACUCCGGCCCACCGGACAGCUGGACGCCGAGACGAUGGCCAUGAUGAAGAGGCCGCGCUGCGGAGUCCCCGACGUCAUCGGGCACGCCGAGCGAGUCAGGCGCUACGCGCUGCAGGGCGCCAAGUGGGACAAGACAGACCUCACCUGGAGCGUGGAGGAGUUCCCGCGUCAGGUCGACCGCGGCAUGAUCCGGUCGGCGAUCGGCAAGGCGCUGAAAGUGUGGAGCGACGCGUCCAAGCUGCGCUUCACCGAGAUCGCCGCCGUGUCGAGCCGCCGCCGGAGGCCUGGUGACGACGGGGGCGCCGAUCUCGCGGUGUCGUUCGCCAGGCUCGACCAUGGCGACGGCUACUCGUUCGACGGGCCGGGCACCGUCCUGGCGCACGCCUUCUUCCCUGGGGAAGGCCUGGGCGGAGACGCGCACUUCGACGCCGACGAGAACUGGAUCACCGGCACGCCCUCCAGGGACUCCAACGAGGUGAGCCUGUUCGCUGUGGCGGCGCACGAAUUCGGCCACUCGCUCGGCCUGUCCCAUUCGUCGGUUCCCGGGUCGCUGAUGUACCCGUACUACCAGGGAGUCAAGGAGGACUUCCAGCUGCCAUACGACGACAAAGUGGGCAUCCAGAGGCUCUACGGCGCCAAGUACCCGACCAAGUGGGCGUCCAUGCAACCCAUCAUCCCGCGGACGACGACUCCGUCCCCAGCGGGAAGAGGGCCGCAUGGACGACAGCCGGUCUCGGGAGGAGGAGGAGAGCCCCGGGGCAGACCGCCCCAGCAGCCACCAACGCGCAGGCCGCCCCAGCAGGCUCCACCGCAAAGGCCGGUGGACGACGGAAAACCCGACGGCUGCAGUACUUCCAUCGACGCCAUCGCCGUCAUUCGACGCGAGCUGUUCGUCUUCAAGGGAAAGUACUUCUGGCGCAUCAACGAGGAGGGCCUCAAAGAAGGCUACCCCGUGGAGAUCAGUCUCUUCUGGUUCGACUUGCCCGCUAACCUCGAGAAGAUCGAUGCCGUCUACGAGAGGCCCGACCAGAAGAUCGCCUUCUUCAUAGGUCGCCAAUACUGGCUGUUCAGCAGCAACCGUCCCUUGCCUGGCUACCCGCGGCCACUGACUAACCUAGGCCUGCCGGCCAGCUUGACGCACGUGGACGCAGCCAUGGUGUGGGGACACAACGGGAAGACGUACUUCUUCAGCGGCGACCAGUACUGGCGCUAUGACGAGUUCGACCGCAGCGUUGAGUUCGACUAUCCACGACACAUACGCAUGUGGAGAGGCGUGCCGCACAACGUCGAUGCUGCUUUCCAGCACACUGACGGCCAGACGUACUUCUUCAAGGGACAGAAGUUCUGGCGGUUCAAUGACCGUCGCAUGCAUGUCUACAACAGGACGAAACACGUUGGCGAGUGGUUUGGCUGUCCUGUGGCCAAGGCCUCCUAUGCAGACGAGCACAGUGCACUGAGCAGCAAUGUGCCGUUUACACUGGCCUCAACCCCUCUUCUUAUACUCAUCACUGCCCUCACGCUGGCCUUUGGGCAAAGAUCUUGAUCAUGGCCACUAGUUAUAAGGGUCCGGAUAUAAGUACUGGUGCCCUCCUGACAUGGUGCACAAUGAGGGUAGUGUGCCGGCAUUGUUCCGGUGAAGCUGCAGGCUGCGGCAAUGGCGAGAAGCAAAUAUGCACAGGUAUAGACACCAGUUCUAGUUGAAUCUCUUGUAGAGGUGAUCUGCAGCUGGGUGAAGGAACUGUUGAUCAUCUUUAUCCAAUUUUGAUGCAUUGUUCAGAAUUUGUUUAAUUGGUAUAGUUGUACCAGCUGAGAGAAAAAAGAUCCAGCUAACAGAGUAUGUAUGUACUGAUAAAUGUCUGCAUAUGCUUGUCAAACUUUUCUACAAAAUUUAGUAGAAGAUGCUACACCAGCACUGACAAAAAUUAGCGGAACGAGGUGUACACAGCUGACCUUACAAUAGUGGUCUUACACACAAUGCAUUUUCGUAUGCAAGAUACUUGUGAUCAGCUCACACUUGGCCACUCUGUUCUUGAAGCAAAAGCACUCGAGCAAAUUUUAAGCUAUGGUUUUCAGUUUCUUAAAACGGCUACCUCAUUGAAGACUGCCACUAACCAAAGCACACACUGACAAUGUGCCUGCCCUCUACACAGGAGAGAAAAAAUUUUGGUCUUUAUCUCCACUGAUAUAAUUGGCAGAUUAGUAUAUUCAUUGUGUGUGCAUCAAAUACUCAUUACCCUAUGCAUGACAGUUGCCAUUUUAGUAGAAGGUCUAGGAAAUUAAAAAAGAACUACUGCAAUUUGCACCAUCUUGAUACAAUCCGAGCUAGAUGUGAAAUUAUCAAGCAGAAUAGCAUAGUUUCACAAAUUCCCCGAAGUCCUGAAUGAAUAAGGUAAACUAGAGCUUUGUCUUUAUAGGCACUAUAGCUCUUAGCCAAAUGUAGGCAACAUUUUGAAUGAAGCAGUUUAGAUACACGAACCACUUCUUACAAUUCAUCUCCUAUGUCUCACUCUCAUGGUGCCUUUGCUUCAAGACAGCGGCAUCAGUUGCGUGGUGGCUGAAAAUGCCUGCUGCAAUGCACUUUUGUGCUACAAGACGUUCCAGGUGCGUUGUUUCCAGUGUGAUAUAAGGACUGUGUGCCAUUUGCAUUAUUUAUUUCAUUCAGCCAUUUUUUUUAAAUCUUUUCAUGUCUAUUGAUGUGAUGCUUUUUCAUGUAUUGUGGUAAUCGAUAUUGCUUUUUGAUGUAAUGCUACCGUUUUGCACCUAAACUGCAAAAAGUACUAUUGAGUAAACAUGGCCAACUACAACAAGCAGCAGUUGGGGUGAAUAACAAACACAACGAUCAACAGUGGCCAACCAAGGAACACUGCAGGAGCCAGAGUUAGUGCAAUGCAGUUAUUGUAAUUUAAAACCAAAUACUCGUGGUUAAGAUGCGUCCUUCAAGUUGGAGAUCAUGCUCUUUGAACAGGAAUGCAAUGAAACGAAAGUGGGCCUUUCUGGCAAUAUUCAAAGGCAAAGUCUGCUGAAGUUGAAGUUUGUCUAAGUAAAUGACAGUCAAAAUGGAUGAAGUUGAAACAUUUUCAAGCUCAAUUGUGCUAGAGUACCAGAGCUUGGCUGUUCAAACACAGCCCACAGAAAGGAGCCACUUAUUUUUAGAUAUUCAUUAUCAAAUGAGGACUACUCAACGUGCAGUUGUGGAAAGCACCUAUGUGCCAUUUCACAGAGAAAAAGACAGAUUAAUGUUUUACAUUCACCUUAAUGCACCUAAGCAUAAACAUUAACAUAAAAGCUCAUACUGAUCAAGAGGUUCAGUGUAGUGCCUCUGUGAUAACAUAACACUAUUUUCUGUAUGAUGCAAACCUAACUGCUUGCCACAAACCACAAAUGUCCUAGAAAAAAUUUGCCAGUGGUGCAAACUACGCUAGCAGUGCUGCAAUAUUAUGCCACCAUCAGCGAUAGUAUGUCAACUUGAGCAAGUUAGUGCUACUUGGCUAGAUAUUAUGAUUAAGGUGAGUUAGCACGCACCACAGGAAUAAGUGCACCUUUUAGUGCAUCGUCUUCAAUAAUCUUGUCCUAUUUCUAACAUGUUCACUUUUAAAACAUGCACCAGCAGCGAGGCUUUGUUCAUUUACUCAAACUAGGAGAUCCUGUGUGUGCACUGUGCUUCUUAACUGUCUAGAUUUCACAACACAUGCGGCUCCAUGCACAUUCUGAUAGCUUGUGAGAACACACAUACCAUAAUAAUAAUAAUAAUAUCUGGGGUUUAAUGUCCCAAAACCAUGAUAUGAUUAUGAGAGACGCCGUAGUGGAGGGCUCCGGAAAUUUCGACCACCUGGGGUUCUUUAUUGUGCACCUAAAUUUAAGUACACGGGCCUCAAACAUUUUCGCCCCCAUCGAAAAUGCAGCCGCCGCGGUCGGGAUUCGAUCCCGCAACCUUUGGGUCAGCAGUCGAGCGCCAUAACCACUAGACCACCGUGGCGGGGCUGAACACACAUACCACUUCAAGGACAAAAAUUAAUCUUACAGUUAUGUAUGAAGACACAAUAAUAAUGAGAACAGACAAUAAUGCCAAGGGAAGUAUAGAGGAUGUUAUUUGCAGUAAUUAGGAAAUAAAUGUGAAGAAAGUAAUGUGGACGAAAAGAUAACUGGCCGUCGGCAGGGACCGAACCCACGACCUUCAAAUAAUGUGUCCUAUGCUCUACCACUGAGCUACGGCGGCAGUCAUCCUCCUGCCCACUUUAUGGAGUAUAUAUGUGCAUUUAAACCAAGGAGUGUUUUGCCGCCGUCACACUCUCUGCCCUGUGAUCGGAGCUGAUUAACACUCCUAGGCUUAAAUGUACAUAUAUACCCCAUAAGGUGGAUGGGAGGAUGGCCGCCGCCGUAGCUCAGUGGUAGAGCAUCGGACGCGUUAUUCGAAGGUCGCAGGUUUGGUCCCUGCCGGCUGCAAGUUAUCUUUCGUCCACUUUACUUUCUUCACAUUUAUAUGCUAAUUACUACUACAAAUAACAUCCUCUAUACUUUCCUUGGCAUUAUUGUCUUUUAGUCCUCAUUAAUAUUGUGUCUAACAACGAAAAAAUGAGUCCUUAAAAGUCAGCUUCCUUCCUUCAGUUAUGUAUGAAGGUAAUUCAUACGCUACAGAUGCUAUCUCAAAACGCAUUGCCUUUAAAGGGGUUCCGAACCACUUUUCCAAGUAAUGACUGAUUUAGCUCAGUACUGGAGUUUAUCGCCUCGCGAAUCGGUCACCGCAAAAAUUUUUUGAAUCCGUCAAGUAUGAGCGGAGUUAGAGGGAUUUGUCACAUGCUUUAAGUGCUUUCUCUCUUAUUUUGUGCUGACGAGCGAGCUGGAAGCUAAAGAGGUUAGGGAUAACGAGGAGGAAAGAAGCUAUGUCAUGCACACGUAAUUAAACACGAUCACUCUCGUCCCGUGUUAUCCCAGAGUGCGUUAAUGUUGUUGCUACCGAGUAAUUUUAGCACAAUAUAGAGCACGGCACCCAGCACGUGGCAGGACCCCUUGGUAAGAAGUGCAUCUGAUCCAAAUGCCACUUUCAGUUUACGUCAGUGGUCGGCCAAUAGCAGCAAUCUGUUGAAUGACGAAAAAUCUGUUGUGUGAUGGCCCUCCAAAGAGUGUACAGGCCCCUGUAUGUAGAGCGGGCACUUGAGAAAGCGUCUACUUUGUGCUCCACUUUCCUUGCCGCGCAUAACUGCAAGAUUUGGCUGAGCUGUUCACAGCAGAGGCUGCUUUCCAAUGCAUGUGUUCUUUCACCAAGCACGAGGGGUGGUUCAGGACCCCUUUAAAUGGCCCCUACUGCUUUAUUUGUGCAAAGUUCAUGGGGCUGUGGUCAUGAGAAGCGAGUAUAGGAAGUACCAAUGUGUCUCUUGUGAACAUUUUAAUGUCUGCUACGUAGUCCCUUUCUACCAAAUUUGUUCUUAGUUUAUUUGUGAAGGUCCACAAUGCACGACAUGCCCAAAUACUACUAUGUGCACGUUAGGCAAGAUAUACGGUGUUUGCAUUCCACUGUGGUGCUUGUAAAAUAGAAUAGUAGAUGCAUCCCCUGUAUAACACCAUUUUAUAAUGCUGCAGUGCCUCAAGCGCUUUUUGCCUUGCAAUUACUACCCGUCCUAAACAUUUACGGCUUAUGUGAAACUCGUAAAACAAAAACUGUUUCGGUGAUAUGUCGAUAUGAACAGUGCAGUGUAGCUUAUUUGCUUGGCUGCUACACAUGCCCUUAUAUAUGUAUCUGCUAGAUUAACUGAGAGCACUGUCAAUGGUGCAUUCAUGUUGUCACACCUUAGAUUGUUGGCAUGAGCACUAUGAAGCUUUCAAUAUAUAUAAUGGAUGUUUCAGCAAACUUCUAAAAAAAAGUAAUGCAUUAACUACUACAGCUUCAAAAUAAGGGUGCCUCAUUCUUACUGUUACUAGACUGCUUGGAUUUUUUGCUACAUGCUUUUAGGAUAUAUCUUGUUUAUUCUGCAUUGUCAGAUAUGUUAUGCACAUCCAGAAAUGUGUGUUGUUUUAGGCACUUUUUAUACAUGUGUGUACAUUUAGUUUCAUUUAUUACAAUAUAUACAACAUUUUUGUAAAUAGGUCGUGUAUAUACAUUUUAUUUUGAUGAUUACAAGCGUAUGAAUGGAUUGUCCAAAAA